CUUUCUUUAUUGCCUUUUCUAGCUCUACAAGCUAAAAACAAGAUUGGUUAGCUAGCUAAAGAUGGCCACAGACAGUUCCCUAAGUGAUUCUGAGCUGAGGAGGAGGCUCACAGAGCUUGGAGUAUCUCCAGGUCCUAUUACAGACAGUACUAGAGCAACCUACCAGCUCAUGUAUCAGAAGAAAGUAGCCUCAAGCAAGACCACCACCCACACUUCAGCAACUUGCAGCAAAGUAGCAUCUCAUGGAGCAGAUCCACCUUCUCCACUAAUAGAACAAGGACCAAAGACACCACCACUGCCUGAGCAGGGACCACCAUUAGCUCUACCUCAGCAGGCAUCACUAAGCUUGUCACUGCAUACCAAUGAAACUAGCAAUGAAACUAGCAAGUCCAAUUAUGCAAGUACUAGUGUGUUGGUUAAUCUGCUGCGUGUGCUGGGGGAUCCACAGCAUCCAGCUAAUGAUACUGUGCUAACAUUCAAUGAUGGGACUGUCCUGUGUGCCAGUAGAGCCAUUCUCUCCUCUCAAUGCCUCAAGCUAACCACCCUCCUCUAUAACCCUCAAGAGCCAUUCCCGGUGACCGUAGUGACCCUAACUGGUCGCAGCUGCUCCUUCCAUGUGCGCAGCAGUGAGUACAUAGCAGACCUCAAGGAGAGGCUCUCUCUCACACAAUCAAUACCAGUGGACGAACAGAGAUUGAUACACUUGAACAAUGAGUUGAUUGACACAGUAACUAUUGCAGAGAGUGGGAUAGAGCAAGGAGCUACUAUUCAUCUGGUGCUUAUAACGACGGUAGAGCCGCACACCCCCUCACUGGCAUUACCUGGACACACCCCCUGGCUAUCCAUUGCUCACUUAAGACUAGGACUAGGAUUGAACCAACUGGAGGUGCCGAGCUCUACACAAGUCACACCACACACCACCCUUCCUUCUCACACAUGCCACAUCCUACACAUCUACGAUAUUCCCAGGGCUGGAUUUGAGCUUUUCGUGAGACUACUCUAUUGUGGAAAUUUGGAAUGCAACGGUGAUCUCGGCUCUAUGGUGGUGGUCUAUAUCCUCUGUGUCUACUUUGAACUCUCUGGACUGGCCGAUCUGUGUUUGGGCGUCAUCAGGAGCAACCUUAUUACAGUUGCCACAGCAACAGAACUGUUUACAUAUGCAGAGACUGUUCAAUGUCAACCACUAAAAGAUGUGUGUACUUCAUUCCUCCAAUCUCUCAGUAGCUGCUAAAAUUAGGAUAAGUUUUUGCAACUAUCAAAUAUUAAAACUUUUGUCCAAAUAUUAAUUUUGCUAUUGAUUAUUUCAUGCAGUAUUAUAGCUACAAGUACGUGUUCACAAUCGUGUUGCCUCAAAAUAGUUUUUUUAUUUUAUUUUUUUAUUAAUAAUUGUAUUAUACACACAAAAGACAAAAAGAAGAUUUUAACAAC